GAAUAAUAAAUUGCAUAGGGAAAAUGGGGAAAUUGUGGAGGGCCUGUUUAUAUAUUUUAUUUUAUUUUUAUUUUUUGAAUAUUUUGACAUUUUAAAAUGUUACAUCGAAUAUCAAUCACUAACUUAACAAAGUUGAAUGCCUUUGGAAGAGUCCAGCCUCUCUGGAAAUAUUCUUCAAUUUAUUUGCAACAACAACAACGAUUUGCUGGUCAUAAUAAAUGGAGUAAAGUAAAACAUACAAAGGGUGCAAAAGAUGCGAAAAAGAGUGUCCUAUAUUCUAAAAUAUCCCUUGAAAUUGUUUCUGCAGUCAGAGCCGGUGGACCAGAUCCAACAGUCAACAAUUCGUUACAAGCAGUUUUAAAUAGAGCCAAAGCUGCUAGUAUGCCAAAAGAUAGCAUAGAAAAUGCUUUUAAAAAGGCGCAAGAUAAGAACAAAGAUGACCUCGAGAAAAUAACCUAUGAAUGUAUUGGUCCUGGAGGUAUUGCUUUGAUUGUUGAGGCACUUACAGAUAAAAAGUCUAGAACUGUUAAAGAAGUGAAAGAAGUAUUAAAUAGAGUAGGUGGGUCAGUAUCUUCAGUUGGUUAUUUAUUUGAUAAAAAGGGUAAAGUAGUAUUUUCUGCUGGAGAAACAGGCCACAGUUUUGAACAAAUUAUGGACAAUGCAAUUGAUUGUGGUGCUGAAGAUAUAGAGGAAGAUCCUGGAGAGAAUUUAAUAGAAGUAACUUGCGAAUUUUCAGAGCUUAAUACUGUCUCAAAAGCCUUGAUGGAUCAUCAAUAUGAAGUUCAAAAAAUUGAAGCGGCAUAUAUUCCAUUAAGUACAGUUGAAGUAAAAGACGAAGAGACAAUUGAGUUAGUUGAAAAAUGUCUGGAUAAUAUGGAAGACCUGGGUGAUGUUGUAAAAGUUCAUAGCAAUGCUGUUCUUGAUUAGAAUAUAAAAAUAUAAAUAAUAAAUAGCAAUAUGCUUAAGCAUUAGAAUGGCUCUUAUUAUAUAUAUAUGUAAAUAAUUUAGGAGGCC